AUGACGCAACGGGGCGAGUCUGGCGUCAGCAGGGAGCAGCUCAAGGAAGUGGACGACGUGGCGCAGGUCCUCUCAGAAGUCUUUGACGUCACCCCGGAGUAUGUGCGUGGCGCGUUCACGUGCGUGUGGCAGAACUAUGGAUUCCAGCAGGAGGCGUGGGCUGCCAUCAAGGAGGAUGACUGGGCUGACAUCACAACGUACAUUGUAGAUGACCUCAGAGCAGCGAACCCAAAUGAUGACGUGAGCAUAUCGGCAGUCCCCGGGGCUGCGGUUGACCACCCACAAGAAGAUUCAUAUUGGUUCCUUCCAAGAUCAGAGCAGGGCGACGGAGGAAGUGCCGCUUCAGAUCCCCGAGCAAAGACCAGCAAUAUACCUAGUCAACUCUCCGACGGAGAAGCGCACUCAGAAGACUACGCCCAAUGCUUAAGCGGCAUUCCCGCGGUGUCGAAAGCGAGGGAUCCCCCUCCCGGCCUUGAUGAGAACGGUAAAAAUCCAGUUGCACAAAGUGGGCCGCAGCAUCGGGAGGGGCUAACUUUAGCGGCCUUGGCGAUCCAACCGGUACGAGGAAACCGUGAAGAGCGGGUGGUUUCUCCCGACAUCUCGAGGGGGAGGGAGCGCGUGCCAAUCUCGUGCGUCAAUGCCUACACGGAGGACAACCUGCCCAAAGGCUUCCGCUACAUGACAGGCUCCGUUCCGUUCGACAGAGCCCGGAAGUACGCCCCAGGAUGCCUCUCCCGCCUGGUCGAUCAGGACCAGUGCCGCUGCAAGGGUGACUGCGUGGGUCGGAAGUUCGAGUGCUGGUGCACAAACAUCACCCGGGGAUCCUACGCGUACAACCGGGAGGGGCAACUGAGCCAGCAGUUUCUGCGUCAAGAGCUCGACCGGAUGAAGGACAUCGGAAAUUAG